ACGCGUUGAGCUGAUGCCUGAGGCUGGGUUUCCAAAAACAGCGAAAUAAUUGGAUGCGCAGAAAGGCACGUGUCCUCUAAUCUGCGAUAUCAGCUCUUGACAGCUCCGGCGUCCUUCCACCUUUCCCUUUACAACUCCUGAGCGCAAACACGGACAGAGAAGCGGCAAGAGACACAGACAAAGAGACAGAGAGGAGAUGAGAUCCUGCAGCGUGAAGUUUUACACCGCCUUACUCAUCACUUAUACCCUCGCCCUGGGAUCAAGUGGUCAUUCCUGUCAACCUGACCUUUGCAAAAAUGGAGGUACGUGCCUGGCUGGUGUCUCUACAGAUCCCUACUACUGCAUCUGUGUGGAUGGAUUUACUGGGAAAGACUGCAGCGAGGUAGAGCAAGGAAGUGGUGCAGAGAAACGUACGGGGUACACGCUGGAAGACAUAAGGUAUAACGAUGUCACUAGAUACACCAAAGCCACAGGACCUUGUCACCCUAACCCCUGUCAAAAUGGAGGCCUGUGUGAGUUGAUGUCACGUAGAGGAGACGUCUUUGGUGAAUACGUCUGCAAGUGUCCGACUGGCUUCCAGGGCAUUCAUUGCCAAACAAAUAUCAAUGAUUGUUCGUCCCAGCCAUGUAUGAAUGGAGGACAGUGUGUGGAUCUGGAUGCAGAUUUCUCAUGUGAUUGCCCCUCUCCAUAUGUGGGGAAAAGCUGCCAACACACUUGCGCAAGUCCUUUGGGGAUGGAGGGAGGAGCAAUAGAUGACCACCAGAUCUCUGCCUCCUCACUGCACCUAGGAUUUCUCGGUCUGAAACGUUGGCGCCCAGAGCUGGCACGGCUCAACAACAAGGGAAUUGUGAAUGCUUGGAGCAUGGCAACUUUUGACCUUAAUCCCUGGUUUCAGGUGAAUUUGCUGAGAAGAAUGCAAAUUACUGGGGUUAUCACACAGGGUGCAUUGGCAAUGGGGUCUCCAGAAUACAUCAAAAUGUUUAAAAUUGCUUACGGUUUCGAUGGAGUAAACUUUGUCACUGUCAAAAACAACGAAAACAAUAACGACAAGGUAUUUACUGGAAACCACAAUAACAACGAACAGAAGAGGAAUCUGAUUGACCCACCCAUUACUGCCCAGUACAUCCGCCUUAUUCCGUUGGUGUGUCAGAGAGCAUGCACCCUGCGCAUGGAGCUGAUUGGCUGUGAACUGAACGUUUACUUAAACACAACAGGUUGCUCGGAGCCACUUGGAAUGAAGUCAAGACUCAUUAGAAACAAUCAGAUUACUGCCUCGAGUACGUACAAAAUGUGGGGAAUCGACGCUUUCACUUGGGCCCCUUGCCUCGCACGUCUGGACAAACAAGGCAAAACCAAUGCCUGGACUGCUGAGCUCAGCAACAAAUCACAGUGGCUUCAGAUUGACCUCUUGAUUCCUAAAAAACUCACUGGCAUUAUCACCCAAGGAGCAAAAGAUUUUGGAGUAGCUCAAUACGUAGAAUCCUUUAAAAUUGCCUUCAGUGAUGAUGGACAAUCAUGGACUAUUUACCAGGAUAGCAUCACAGGGAAAGACAAGGUUUUCCAGGGAAACUAUGACAACUACAGCCACAAGAAAAACAUAUUUGAUCCUCCAUUCUACGCACAGUUUGUUCGGAUCUUGCCUCAGACUUGGCACGAGCGGAUCACACUCCGUGUGGAGCUCCUGGGAUGUCAGGAAUAGACUCAUGCUUUCUGCAUGCAAUAGGGGAACAUCCAAUAUGUUUUGCGCGCUGAUCUGCAUCAACUGCAUUGUACCUGUUUAUACACACUGGAAUGCCAGCUUCUCUUUAUGAUAAUCUUGCAUCAACAGAGAUCAAAUUGACCAUAAUUUAAAGCAACAGGAUCUAUAAUAUUUGUAGUGUGCUUUCCCUUGACCUGUGACCCUGCAUGAUUGGCCAUUCCCAGUGUGUGACUGAACCUCCAUUCUCAGCAUCCCAUGGGAUACUAAUGGAAAUUCCUGCUGUUUCCUCGCUUUUCUCUUGCUCGCUGGCAAAGGAAUGCAAGGGAAUGCAAAUAGCGAGCUCCGUUUUCUCACACAGUGGAUGGAAGAACUCUUCACUAAAAUGAAAGGAAUUUGCCUGGUGGUCUUAUUCCUGUGAGGAGGUCUUUGACGUCCACUUGGUAACUGAACAGAGCAACAAGAUUGAAGUUAGGGGCUCAGUCUGCACAGAAAUCUCAGACACAGACCUCUACUUGGCUUGAUGUCCCUGAGAAAGCUUUAAGUAACUGUGAUUGUGGCCCUUAAGAGAAAAAUGAGUUUGAGACUCUUGGGGAUUAGUAGGUGAAAAUCUCUAUUGCCAUGUUAGCCUGAGCUCUCUUUAAUGAGACUAGGAAGGAAUCUUUCAUUGUACCACUUAAUUGAUAAGAUAUUAACUAUAAUUGUAGAUUUGUAUUAUGAGAUUCAACUCUAUUCAAGGUUAUAACAGGUAAUUUUAACUUUUUUAAAAUGGCAAAUGAAAACAGACAAUGCGGUUAUCUACAGUACAUUCCUCCUGGUUUUCUUUCAUUGAAGCCUUUUAAAAUCAGGAGAGAUGUGUCCUGAUUCAAAUGCCCCAAAGUUAAAAUUACCCCCAUUAGCUCAGCUAAGAUCCUUUAGCGUUAGUAUUCUCUGUUGCACUGGGUUACUGUUUAUGUGCGAGAUAAUGGGCAAAAUAAGUAGAUCCCUUUUACUGUACUGCAAAUUUCUUGGGGACCAUGAACUGCAUUCACUGGUUGUGUGAAAAACUGCACAUCUUAAAACUACGUCUGCCAAAGGCCAGCUAGUACAGUGAUGGGUUGAAGCAGCCCGGAUUGGAUUAGACUAAAUGUCUGCAGGAUAGCACUUGGACAAUUUGUUUGCAAUGGAUGUCGAUAACAUCCUGACACUAAAAACAGAACAUCUGUCUUGCACAGCAGGGAUUGGAACUCUGAGGCUGAGUAUUAGUUAAACAGUUUGAAACUGAAAUUAAUAGAUUUUUAUUAGCCAAGGGUAUAGUUGGCUCUGCUAUUACACGAUAGUUGCGAUCCUGUGCAACAUUGCAUUAUAGAAAAUCGCACUACAGAAGUAAUGGGCUCUAUAGGAAAAGUGGGGUUAGGGGCAGACCACCAAAAGAAAAUCACUCAAAAUCGCUCAAAAAUCAAUCAAAAGCCUAACACAAAGAAUAGCACGAUUUGAAUAAAUGUUUAAUUCAUAUCCAAUAAUAAAAUAAAAGUAAAUUUAACACUUAACCUUGGAAAACAUGUCAAGAUGACUUGAUGGGAGAGAAGGUUGUACUGGACCUUUCACAGAAGGCACUUCAUGACAAAGACUGCAAAAUGAUCACAUGAUGCGGGAGCAGAGAUUCUUUUGGCGCUAACAUUGCACGUAUUCAUGACAAAGCCUGUGAAAUGAUCUUGUGAUGUCAAUGCAUACUCCUCCACACACCGAUGGAAUUGUGUGAUAGCCAACACAAACUUGUGUUUUAGAAAUAGCGCUCCCCUAUUCGCCAUUCACAUUAAAGCCAAAUUACAUUGAUGGAACACAUAUUAUAGCAGAACUGACUGUAUUAAGGUACAUGUAAUGAAGAUACAGAUCAGCCAGGAGCUCAUUGAAUGGUGGAACAAGUUUGAGGAACUAAGUUGUUUCCUCCUCUUCCUAAGUGGAGAGCAAUAAGGGUUUGGCCGUCACAAUCUUCUAUCUGUCUCUCAUCCAAAAUCGUAACAAAGAACUAGAAACUCCAAGGAUGUUUGCAGCUGUCACAAUUCACAAAGGCAUCACCUUCGACUAACUAACAAGUAAAAUUAAUGACAAGGCCAGACUUUAAUCAUACAACAUUUUAAUUAACACAGAAAUUAGACACCUCUUAUGGGAGACACCUGGAGGUGCUGUUUGUCCUCACUUGCAUCUGAAACCUGUCCAUCUGCAAGUUUCACUUCAAGUCAUGUGCACUUAUUACUCAACAAUCAACAUGUACUUUAACUCUGCUGCAACAGAGAAGUAAAAAUUUAGGGGAAGUAUAAAAGUAAGUGUGUGUGUGUGUGUGUGUGUAUAUAUAAAAGUAACUAUGCUUGCACAACUCUACCAGCAUUAUGUCACUCCAAGAGAAUUUGUAAAUUAUCAGCUCACCCUUAACAUUGCUAACAUUGUCCAUUCAGAAAUUCUCUGUAAAACGAUGCACCAGACAACAAACAAAGGCUUGUAACAUGCCUGUGGGCAAAUCCUAGUUAACUAAGGUGUGGUUCUUAUAGGUGACCUUUCGGUAUUUAUUAUCUUACUUAUUAACUUGGGUCAUCAGUUCUCACACCUUUGGUUUUCUGCAGAUUUAAUGUUGGUUGGCUGUACGUUAGUCUGCUAGCUGAGAAUUUGGAUGCAUUUGUUCACAGGCAAUGCGUUUAUUUUCCAUGGAGCUUUCCAUGUCAUUGUCUCUAUACUGUAAUGACAAGUACACAUACUAGAAAUUGAACCAAUUUUUAAUCUAGACGGAAUUAAAGGCAGUGUGUCUCUCAAUGGCUGGCAGUGGGAAAGCUGGAAAUCCUGAUCCAGAUAUAUCAUAAGAUUUUACAAUCCCAUCUCAGGACCUCCUCAAGGCGGUUUUAAAUGAAUUUGAUGACACCCAUAAACAUAAAAUCCCUGACUGAUGAUCUUCUCAGCUGGGACUGAAGGAUUGCUCUUUUUGAAGUGCAGUAAGUCAACGAUGAGUAGUUAAGGAUGUGAGGCAGGUUGAACUGCUGGAUAUUUCAUUGAUUACAUUUGAGGAUCAGAGAGCACUUAUACAGAAUACUGCCUCAGGAUGAAAAUAUAUGGAUAGGGUGAAUGACAGACUUGAUUUUAUAUUGGCUGUGAGCAACAUCAACUUUUAUGAUGGUAGAAAUUGUGAUAAAAUGGAUUGUACAUGCAUUGCAGAAGAUGACCAUAUAGAAGUUGUAGAGAUAGUGUAUGCAAGGACAGCAGGGAGAAGUGGGAUUGAUGGACUGAAUGGCCUUUUUCUUGUUCUUGUGAUCUAAUUUUGUGUAUGUGGUGCUGGAUUGGUGACUGGGAUGGAAUCAGGCAAUUAUAAAACCAAGAGAAACCUGAUAAAUGGAGUGUGUGAACACUUCAGGAGGGGAGCAUUCAAGGACAUUUUACAACAGCAGAUAUACUUGCGAUAUUUUGUUAUCUAGGGUCAAAAUUUGUGCUUGACCGAAGUAGGAUUUUGAAUGAAGCUGUUGAACCAUAGCAUGAUACAGCACAGAGAGAGGCCAUUCAGCCUAUCAUACAUGCUCAGGCUGGCUCUUGCUAAAUUAUUUCAUGAGCUCUGCUGCCGCCUCCUUUCCCCAUAGCCCUGCAAACCUUCCUCAUUCAAAUGCAUCUCUAAUUCUAACAUUUCUAUGUUCUGAUGAUGGUACUUGAUGCAGAUUUAUAUGAGGGAGGGGUAAGGCACAGUUUCCUGCAGUGGCCUGUGUUUCUCAGCCUUACUGAUUCUCUAUUAUAAGUGCCAAGUCUAUCCAGAAAAUGAGAUCAUUUCAGAUGACCCUUUUCCCACAAUCAAAAAUAAUCAACAAAUUUGACAAAGAGGUUCCAUUUAUUAAUUAAGUGGAGCAAGCUUGACUGAUAUGAAGCAUUAUGAGAAUGCCCUGUGCCCAAGGAACAGGGCCAUAAGGUCCUACAGAAGAUUGAAGGCCUUUUCAAAUGAGGACAUCCUUUAUGAAUUAACCCUUCUUGUGCUGAACUUCAGACAAUUUGCAUGAUAUACAUGAUAAAGUAUUGUAGUGCAUAGAAGCUAACAAACACUCCUCCAGUCACUGUAGUCUCUGAUAUACAUAAGUACUAAUCCUACAGGAUUCAAAACAAAUAUUGGUACAAACAAUUAAAGAUGAUUAAAACAUG